UACACUCUGCCAGAGCCCAUACAUGUUCCUGUAAGAGUUCACUUCCUGUCUGUCUUCUUCUGGUGAAAACUCUGAUGUCCAGUGCUCUGUCUUUUACCCUCUUUCCUUCUCUCCCUGGAUCCUCCUUAGCAACGGUAGCUGUGUCCUACUGGACCUUGAAUGUCACCAUACUUAGGGCAGAAAAAGUUCCCUCCAUGGAUUACUUUUCCAAAUCUGACUGCUAUGUUAUUCUCACUCUACCUACGGCAACGGCAAGAUCCUACCGCACAGCAACUGUGUGGAACAAUAACAACCCCGAGUGGAAUGAAACUUUUACAUUUAGGGUCCCCACCAAAGUGAAAAACAUUUUGGAGUUCAUGCUGUAUGAUGAGGAUACAUGGUCACCAGAUGACCUGAUCUCCACGCUUCAGUUUGAUAUCAAAAACCUCACAAUAGGGCAGAAAAAGACCAAGGAAUUUGUCAUACAUGCUAAGACAGAGGCCAAACUUCUAAUGGAAUUUGAGCUACUUCAGAGUGAGGAUCCUCCUUCUGAUUAUAUCACAAAUGGCAUCCUUCUGAACAUUUUGGAGUUCAUGCUGUAUGAUGAGGAUACAUGGUCACCAGAUGACCUGAUCUCCACGCUUCAGUUUGAUAUCAAAAACCUCACAAUAGGGCAGAAAAAGACCAAGGAAUUUGUCAUACAUGCUAAGGCGGCUCCAUUCUCUGCACUGGAUGUUGAAGAAACCAUUAAUAAUAUGCAGAAAGACAGAAAGCAGGACACUUUUGGAGUUCGUCUGGACUUUGACAUCCCAUGUCAAGAGAAAGAGUUUCUGAAGAAGAGGAAAGUUGUUGUUGCAGAGGCUUUGCAGAACUUUUUAGGCCUAGGCUCUUUACCUCAACCUCACAAGGUACCAACCAUAGCAGUGGUGGCUUCAGGAGGGGGGGCCAGAGCAAUGACGGGCAUGCUGGGUAGUCUGAAAGGUCUGAAAGAUACAGGAGUCCUGGACGCUGUCAGUUACAUCACUGGUGUUUCUGGAUCCACAUGGGCCAUGUCUACUCUGUAUCAGGAAGAUAACUGGUCACAGGAAGAUAUGGACAGUAUCAUCUCAGCAUCAAAAGAACAGAUGACCAAGAGUGUCCUGAGUGCCUUCAGUUAUGAGAAACUGCAAUAUUACAGCGAAGAAACCGCUCAGAAAGAGCAAGAGGGUCACCACGUGUCACUCAUUGACAAGGCGGGCCUGAUCCUUGAGCAUCUUGUCUUUGGGAAGAAAAUCAACAGUACCCUGUCUGAGCAGCAGAGAGCAGUGAAUGAAGGCCAAAACCCUUUACCCAUAUACAACGCGGUCAACAUGAAGGAUGGGAUAAGGGGUUGUGAACCUGAAGCUGAGUGGUGUGAGUUCACUCCCUACGAGGUAGGCAUCCCGAAGUAUGGGGCGUUUGUCCCAAGUGAGGACUUCGGGAGUCAAUACUUCCUGGGUCGUAUCAUAAAAAAAAUCCCAGAAGUCCGCAUUCCUUAUCUAUUAGGGAUAUGGAGCAGUGUCUUUUCUGUCAGCUUUUCCAAACUAUGGUCGCUUGCUACAGGGACUACACAAUCUAGCAACAACUUGGACGAACCAGAUUAUGACAAUGGAAAUACACAAGCAACACUCAAUCCCAUCACAGAUAUGGUCAGGAAUCUGAGUGGGUACCUCUCAAGCCGUCCAGUCAUCGCUGAAAUGUACAAUUUCAUGUCUGGUCUCUUCCUGCACUGGGAGUACAACACACACAGCAACUUUUUAGCCUGGAAAGACACACAUCCAGAUGCCUUCCCAAACCAACUGACACCCAGUGACUCCACCCUGCGCCUGGUCGAUUCUGGUUUGGACAUCAACAUCGGCUGUGUGCCUGUACUGCGACCAGAGAGAGACGUGGAUGUCAUCAUAUGUCUGAGUUACUCAUGGGACCCAGAGAAUAUCUUCAAGGUCCUAAAGACGACAGCUGCUUACUGUGAGAACCACAACAUCCCCUUUCCAAAUGCUGAUUAUGCCAGUCUGGACAAGGAGCCUCAGGAGGAAGUAUACAUCAUCGAGGACAAGGACAAUCCCAAGGCCCCGAUAGUGGUCCAUUUCCCACUCGUCAAUGUCACAUUCAAAGACUUCAAACUACCAGGUGUGAAGCGUGAGACUGAGGAAGAAUUUAAAGCUGGGGAGGUGGAUGUGAGGAGCAUCAGUUCUCCAUACAUAACCAAGAACAUGACCUACUCAAAAGAGGAUUUUGAAGCUCUGGUGGAGCUGACCGCGUAUAACAUAUCAAACAACAAGGAGAGCAUCCGUGAAGCCUUGAACAGGGCCCUGGAGAAGAAGAAUUAAAAGAUCGGCUAUAACGGCCUCCUGCUACAGCAACUUCCCUACUUUGGCUGCGAUUUACUUCUGCUUGUUGCCACAAACUGAAAAAACUGAAACGU